AUGCUUAAUUUAGUUACCUUGAAGAAAGAGAAAUAGUAAAAUAAUUAAAUAACUAGAGCUAGUUUCUCAAUAAUAAUAAUGAAGUAGAGUAACAAAUAAUUCACCCUGUCAAAUAGAUAGACAUUUUAGGCCAAAUAAAUAAUAUAAAAAAAUAAAAAGGUAAGGAAGGUUUAAGAAAUUGAUGAAGAGAAGGUAAAAGAUUUUAAAUAUGAUAAAAGAGCAAUAUAGGGAAUUCAGAGAUAAUAGUGUAAGUAAGUCAUUGCAAGUUAUUUUGAUUCAUUUGAUUAUUUUAAUUUUUAAGAAUGA